UUUAAUAAUGAUGAUGAUGGCUAGCUGGCCAACACAACUUGUUUCUCAAAUACACAAAUCAUUAAACAUUCCAUCAGCAGCUAGCUAAGACGUUCAAAAAAAGAAAGCGAAAGAAUCAACAUGAAACUGUAUGCUGUAUCCGAUGGCCCACCAUCUUUGGCUGUUCGCAUGUGUUUGAAGGCCUUGGAAUUGCCCUAUGAAUUGCACAAUGUAGAUUACAUUGCCUCGGAACAUUUGUCGGAGGAAUAUGCCAAGUUAAAUCCCCAGCGAGAAAUUCCCGUUCUGGAUGACAAUGGUUUUCACCUGUCCGAAAGUGUGGCCAUCAUGCAGUAUCUUUGUGAUAAAUAUGCUGCAGAUUCACCGCUCUAUCCCAAGGAGGCCAAAGAAAGGGCAUUGGUCAAUCAUAGACUAUGCUUCAAUAUGGCCUUUUAUUAUUCGAGCAUUGGGGCAUAUAGCAUGGCUCCCAUAUUCUUUGACUAUCAACGUACCGAAAUGGGCAAGAAGAAAGUUGAAAAUGCUUUGCAGGUUUUUGAAACCUAUUUGAAGAAAUUGGGCACCAAAUAUGCUGCCGGUAAUCAGUUGACCAUUGCUGAUUUGGCCUUAGUUUCGGCUACUUUAUGUUUGGAGGGCAUCGCUUAUGAUUUCUCCAAAUAUCAAUUGGUUAGCAAAUGGUAUCAGACAUUUAAACAAGAAUAUCCUCAACUCUGGGAAAUUGCCAAUGGUGGCAUGCAAGAGAUUGCGGAAUUUGAGCACAAUCCACCAGAUUUGUCGCAUAUGAAUCAUCCAUUCCAUCCAACAAGAAAGUCGAAGGCAUAGAAAUUAAGAGCUUAAAGUUGAAAUGCAAGAAGCAUUGAAAAUGUUUUCUCAUUAUAUUAUAUAAAAAUAUAAUUUUUAUUAUUGUAUUAUUUAAAAA